AUGGCCGCCUGCGUCGCCGCUUCCGCGCUUCGGCUCCGCCCGGCACCCCCGCGCGCCGGGUGCCGCGUCGACAACCCCACCCACCGCGCGACUCGCCGCGUCCACGUCGCGCGCGCGUCCGCCGCGGAGAAGGCGGAUCCCGCGGCGUUCGUGUGCGACGACCGCGGCGCGUGCGCCAGCGUCGACGAGAUGAAGGAGAAGGAGCUCAACGCGGUGGAGACCCGGCGCGCGUUGAAGGAGUGGGGCGCGGUGGUCCACGCCCUGGCCGAGGGGGAUCAGACGGUCAUCUUCCGCAAGGGCGGCCUGAAGGACGGCAAGGGCGGGUUCAAGCUCGAGUCGAGGCAGUUCGGGCUGUUUCCCACCGUGUACCACCCCAAGGAGUUGAAUGGGACCGUCUCCACGGAAGCUUCGAAGAAGUUUGUCGACGCCAAGGUCCCGGACAUGAAACGAGGCGAGGAGGUGCCCAUCUCCGUCGUCGCCGAGGUGACGGGCGCGUGGGUGACGCACGACGCCAGCGUGUUAGACGCGCUCAGUGACCACCACGUCUGGUCCCGCGACGUCCUCGAGUCCAGGCUCUCGUGGAAGCCCGACACCCCGAUCACCGUGCUCGAACUUCGAGCCAAAAAACUCCCGGCGCCGCGAGUUCACGCGCUGCCGCCGGACCUGGAAAAGUACGGCGGAUGCAAGAGCUGGAUCGACCUGCCGUUCUCGGUGCCGGUCAAGGGCGAGGAACCCGCCCCAGCGCUCACGGACGAGGCCUUCGGGGAACGACAGAGGGCGCUUCGAUCGGCGCUCGCCGCGGUGGACCACGCUGGUUUUUCCGUCGCCAGCUUCGGCGCCGUGGACGUGUGA